GGGCAGAACGCCAGAACCGAACCAACAUGAGAGUUGAGACCACAGUAGAAUAAGGCUACCCAGUGCCCGCCACUUCCCCAUCUUGCUCUUGCCUCUCCACUGUCCUGCUUCCGUCAGACCUGUCACCGAAAUCGUCUUUUACUUCCGCUCCGUCUCGUCCCCUGACUCCCGCCGCCUUCUUCUCCUUUCAGCAACAACAAUGGCCAAAUUGCUAUCAAGUAUGCUCUUGAAGGGGGUUAACAUGCAGUUUGGCAUUGAAAGCAGUGCUUGAUUGUUUUCAACUCUGGUUUCGCUUGCAAUUCUUCUACUCCAUGUUAGUUAACAUGCAGUUUGGCAUUGAAAGCAGUGCAUGAAGACUUCCAUCCAAGUAAUAAGACCGGGAAUGCUAAAGCUUCUUUGAAAGAUAUUGUUGAGCAGGAUGUGAGAGACAAUCCUGUGAUGCUAUACAUGAAAGGUGUGCCUGACUAUCCUCAGUGUGGAUUUAGUGCAUUGGCCAUAAGAGUACUGAGACAGUAUGAGGUUCCACUAAGUGCUAGAAACAUUAUCGAGAAUCCGGAGCUCAAAGACGCUGUGAAAUCAUUCAGCAACUGGCCAACAUUUCCGCAGGUUUUCAUUAAAGGGGAGUUCAUUGGCGGGUCUGAUAUAGUUCUCAAUCUGCAUCAGAAUGGUGAACUGAAAGAGAUGCUCAAAGAUAUUGCAGCCAACGACAAGUCCGAAUGAUUUGAACUUGAAGAGGGUGGAGGGAUAGUUCAUCAAAUGCUGCUCUGUUUUCUUUGUAUUUUUUGUUCCUGUUGACAAGGACAGAAGGUGGUUUAGUGUAGAUUACAUGUAGAAGCUUUCCUGGUAGCUGUGGCCAUGAAAAAUAAUAAGAGCUAGAUUACCUGUGUAAAAGAAUGAGGGCUAGCUCCUGGUAGAAUACAUGUAUUAAAACGAUCGAGAUUUGCGAAUUUAUGAAUGACCAAUCAGAUGAUUAUAUUACUAUAAAUAUGUUUUUCUUUUACA